GAUACCAGCGACUGGAAUCGGAAACUGCAUAUGCUGGGGAAGAGGUCAUUUUUAGCUUGUAUUUAUUGAUGAAGAAAUAAAAUAAAAGUUAUGUAAAAGUCAUCACAUUAACAGUGGAUCCAGUGGAUAUAUACAUUUCUUUCAUCUGCUUAGCCAAGACAAAUGGACAAGAUGUCAAAGCAAGCACAGGUGAAUAUGGAGCAGCAACCUUCUCCAAACACAAGAAGGAGUUUCAGCUUCUCAUCUCUCCGUAUUAAAAAAAGGCACAACAGUUAUGAAGAGGUUGGCUUUACACAACGGAGAGGGUUGCAGUCUUUUUUAUCAGUCCGAGAGACAUCAAGAAAGGGGCCGGUCUCAGAUGACGAUGGUGCCUCACAGCUACCCAGUACGCAAGACCAGAAUAAGAAGACAGGUGAGCAAACCAGAAGUAACCUCAUCUCUGAGGUUGCUGGGAAACACAGUGCCAUCCCAUCAGGUGAAGAUGAAGGUGGACGACAAGGGGCGCUCAAGAGGUUUAGUGCCAUGUGGUCCUCCUUCCGCAGAGGCAAAACAGAUAGAAUAGGAUUCAAAGAUCCUGAGCCUACAGAGCCACUGGCCCCAGCAAUGGCAGAGAACACAUCCAGGCAGCACCGCUAUGUCAGUGGUCAGUACUUCUUUGAGUAUCUGGUGGUAGUCAGCCUCAAGAAGACCAAGGAUUGCAGCUAUGAACCCCAGAUCAUCUACCAGUUUCCCAAGAGAGAUGGAAUGGCGAGAUUUCAGAAGGAGGAGGAAGAGAAGAUGCUAAAGGCAAUCACUCUGUUUUGUUUCCCAGAGGGCAUCAACUGGGCUCCUUUGACAGAAUACCACAGUGAGACCUUCUCCUUUGUUCUGACUGAGAUUGAUGGCAGCAGAAAAAAUGGAUACUGCAGGAGGUUACUGCCUGGAGGAAAAGGAGCUCGCCCACCUGAGGCGUAUUGCAUCAUCAGCAGUCUGGCAUGUUUCGGUCUCUUCUCCAAGAUAUUUGACGAGGUGGAGAAGCGGCGGCAGAUCUCCAUGGCUAUGAUCUACCCAUUCAUGCAGAAGCUGCGGGAGGCCCCAUUCCCAGCUCCGGGAAACACUGUCGAGAUCAAGAGCUUCAUUCCUGAGUCAGGCACUGAGAUCAUCAGUCUGACCCGUCCAUUGGAUUCCUGGCUGGAACAUGUCAACUUCGCCACGCUUUUUGGCUGCCUGACAGAUAAUGAGGUGUUACUGGUGUUUGCUGCUGCUGUCCUGGAGAGACGGAUCAUUUUCGUCGCUGAUGAACUGGGCACGUUAUCCCAAGUCAUUCAUGCAGUAGCAGCCCUCCUUUACCCCUUCACCUGGCAGCACACCUUCAUCUCCACUGUUCCAGAGAUUCUGAUCGAUGUAGUGAUGGCACCCACCCCCUACCUGCUGGGAGUCCAGAAACGCCUGCUGGACCUGGUCACUGACCACAGUGAUCUGCUGGUGGUCGACUUGUCUGAGGAUAAAAAGGAGACCUUUGUUGUUUCAAUUGGUGAUGAAAGCUCUAUUCUGCCCCAGAAGCUCCAAACUGAAAUACUAGACGCACUAAGUACAAGACAGAAAACAUCAACGGUGGAGGAGCUGAACCGGGUGGUGUCGGAAGCUUUCCUGCAUUUCUUUGUAAAAAUAGUUGGCCAUUACACUUCAUAUAUGAAAUAUGGUCAUGCUGGAGAGCAGGGGCUGUUUGAAAAGAGAAGCUUCUACAAGGCUAUUGAGUCCAAGACCACUCGACACUUUGUCAAAAAGUUCAUCCAGACACAGAUGUUUGACCUGUUUAUCCAGGAGGUGGAGCAACAGCAGCCUGGGCCGCAGCAAGGAAUAUUUCACAAAAAGAUCCUUGAAUACCAAGAGAAGAAGAAAAGGGACAAGAAGAAGAAACACUAGCUCUCAUCAUGGGUUCCUGGGUGUAUAUAAGGGAGUACAGAGGAAAAGAUUUGAAUGUUGUACUGUGUGUUGUAUGUCCUGUGUCAGUUUGGUUUAAAAUAUGUAUGUAACAAUGUGUGAAUUACUGUAUGGCCAUCUUGCUGCUACUCUGUGAUACACUGGCAGAACGAGAGACUUCGGUUCCAUGUGUUGGUCCUCAGCCUGUGGCCAAGUGUGUCGCUGAUAAGCAGGAAAAUCAUUUCAAAUAGAGACUAGUUUUUUUAAGUCCA